AUCUUCCCCUUUUCCUCCCUCCCCGCCAAACAGGAGAUGUUCCCCAGACGGAGCCCAGGAUACUGGUUGGAAUCAGAUUUGGAGGGUGAUGCACCGCGACAGCUAAAAGUUGGAUAGAGUUUCAGCAGCUACUAUAUAUAAAGCAGGGGGACUUAUGUCACUGCACUAAUUAAAUUCCAUCUGGGUGGCUCCUCUGGGGGUUUUUUUGAGCCUAUCACCCAACUCCAGCAGGCAGAGAGGCCAAGGGGAGAGCAUGAUGAUGGACCUUUUUGAAACUAGCUCCUAUUUCUUCUACUUGGACGGAGAAAAUGGAGCCCUGCAGCAGCUGGAGAUGGCAGAGGGGUCCCCUCUGUACCCAGGCAGCGAUGGCACUUUGUCCCCCUGUCAGGACCAAAUGCCCCCAGAAGCUGGGAGUGACAGCAGUGGAGAGGAGCAUGUGCUGGCACCCCCGGGCCUACAACCCCCUCAUUGCCCCGGCCAGUGUUUGAUCUGGGCUUGUAAGACCUGCAAGAGGAAAUCGGCCCCCACCGACAGGAGGAAAGCAGCGACCCUGCGGGAGAGGAGGCGGCUGAAGAAGAUCAACGAAGCCUUCGAGGCUCUGAAAAGAAGGACUGUGGCAAACCCCAACCAGCGGCUGCCCAAGGUGGAGAUCCUGAGGAGUGCCAUCAGCUACAUAGAGAAGCUGCAGGAUCUCCUGCACAGGCUGGAUCAGCAGGAGAAAAUGCAGGAGAUUGGGGGAGACCCUUUUAGCUUCAGCCCCAAGCAGGGAAAUAUCCCAAGUUCAGAUUUCCUGAGCACCUGCAGCUCCGACUGGCAAAAUGUUUCUGAUCAUUCCAGAGUGCUAGCAAUCAACGCCAAAGAAGGAGCCUCCAUCGUUGAAUCUUCAGCCUCUAGCAGCCUUCGUUGUCUUUCUUCGAUAGUGGACAGUAUUUCUUCAGAAGAUCCCAAACUUCCCAGCGUGGAGGAAGUGGUAGAGAAGUAGAUCUGCAUUUGGCCUGGUAGUAUUUUGAACGCAGAUAACAAGGAACUCACCCCACAACCUAUAAAUGAAAUAAUGAAUUAAUUUAAUAUUUUAGCAAUCCCAGACAGGAGCCUUGUUAAAGGCACUGGUAGGCAGAUAAAGUUGAAUCUUCUUAAAAAGAAAUGUUCCUCCGAUAAUUGUACAAUCCAAUUCUUUUCCUUUCUUUCU